GCUGCAAAUCGGGCGUGAGGGAGCAGACGUGAGGCGAGGAAGUCUGAAGCCUGCAGCUGGCAGCGCAGGAUAAUCAUGGAGAGACCCGAAACCCCGCCGCUGUAGGAUCGAUCGGGCAGCUCCCCAGCCGGAGGACGGGCGGAGAAAACUUGAUCUACCCUCGCUGCAAAGAUCGAGACGGUGGAGGGGUUCCUCUGGUCCCUCCCUGCUGGAAGAAAUGUGGCUGAACCCGGAGGAAGUUCUGCUGAAAAAUGCUCUGAAGCUCUGGGUGACCGAGAGGAACAACGACUUCUUCCUCCUGCAGAGGAGGAGAGGCCACGGGGAGCCGACAGGGAGGAUCACAGGUCUCCUCGUUGGGGCGCUUGACACAGUGCUGGACUCCAAUGCCAGGGUCACCCCCUUCCGCAUUCUCCUCCAGGUUCCCGGCUCCCAGAUCAGCUGGGUAAUCGCCAGCGGAGCUGCCAUAGAGGAGGUGAACAAACAUUGGGACUGGCUGGUCCACAACCUGCUUCACUCUCUGUCUGUGUUUGAGAACAAGGAGGAUGUCGCCAGCUUUGUCAAAGGAAAAGUCAAGGGUCUUAUUGCAGAGGAGGUUCGGGGUCGCCAGGCCGCCCAGGAGGGGGACCCAGAGAAGUUCAGGGAGGCGCUGCUGAAGUUCGAGCUGCACUUUGGCCUCCCUUCGUCAGAGAAACUGGUUACGUACUACUCCUGCUGCUGCUGGAAGGGCCGGGUGCCUCGGCAGGGCUUCCUCUACCUCAGCAUCAACCACAUGGCCUUCUACUCCUUCCUGCUGGGGAAGGAAGUGAAGUUUGUGAUUCCCUGGGCGGAGGUGACACGGUUGGAGCGGGUCUCCACCGGUCUGAUGACGGAGGCGAUCCGGGUCAACACAAGGCAGCGGCAGAGGGAAUUCUCCAUGUUCCUGAACCUGGACGAGGCAUUCGGGGUCAUAGGUCAGCUGGCUGACAUUGCCCUCAGGCGGCUGAUGGACAGCGAAGGCCUGGAGCUGGACCGAGUCCUGCAGCAGCCCACACGCAUCAGCAAGAGGAUCCUAGAGGAACAGGCAUUAAGGGAGUACGUCCUGGCUCUGUUUCGUCUACCUCGCGUUGAAAAACUCCACGAGGUGGCCUCGUGUUCUGUAUGGACACCACAUGCGCGCUGCCACACAGCCGGGACUCUCUAUACCACUGACAGUUAUCUGUGUUUCUCCAGCCGAGAGGAAGGCAACUGCAUCCUGCUCAUACCUCUCUCAGAGGUGUUGUCCAUAGAAAAAGCAGAGAGCACCAGUCUGCUUCCCAACCCCGUCAUAGUGAGUGUUCGGACCAAGAAGGCCUUCCAGCUGAUUGAGCUGCAGGACAGAGACGAGCUGGUCGAGAGCCUGAACUGCCGACUCCGAGCUCUGCAGUGGAAACAGUCCAUGUUCCGCAGCAAGAGAGACGGCAAGAGGAGUAUGAGCUCCCCGACACCUUACUACACUUUCUACUAUGACACUGGGUUCUCUGCUGAAGAAGAAAUAGAGGAGCAGGUUCUGCGUAACACAAUCAACAGUGAGGCUCUGAUGACAGCCUUCCACCAAAACCAGCCAGGAACCAACACAAAAAGCACGGAGCAGUUGAAGGAGCGGCUGUGGGAGGAACAUUUCACAGAGUUCGGUCGCGGCGUCCACAUGUUCCGCACAGAGAAGAUCCAAAAACUCGUUGCCAUGGGCAUACCAGAGUCCCUGCGAGGGGAGCUGUGGAUGACACUUUCUGAUGCGUCCUCAGAGUUAGAGUCCCAUCAGGGCUAUUACACUAACCUAGUGCAGAAGUCAAUGGGCCAUAGCAACCUGGCCACAGAGGAGAUUGAGCGGGACCUUCACCGUUCUCUGCCGGACCAUCCUGCCUUUCAAAACCCCACCGGCAUCGCUGCACUGAGACGUGUGCUCACCGCCUAUGCUCACCGCAACCCCAAGAUCGGAUACUGUCAGUCUAUGAACAUCCUGUCGUCGGUGCUGCUGCUCUAUGCUAAAGAAGAAGAAGCUUUCUGGCUGCUGGUGGCCGUUUGUGAGAGGAUGCUGCCUGACUACUUCAACCGCAGGGUCAUAGGAGCUCAGGUGGACCAGUCCGUGUUUGAGGAGCUGAUCAGGGAGCGUUUGCCAGAGCUGGCCGAAAACGUCCAAGACCUCUCCACCCUCUCUUCUGUCUCCCUCUCUUGGUUCCUCACCCUCUUCCUCAGCGUCCUGCCCUUCCACAGCGCUGUCUGCGUGGUUGACAGUUUCUUCUUCCAUGGAAUCAAAGCCAUAUUCCAGUUGGGUUUGGCAGCGUUGGACGCCAACGCCGCACAGCUCUCUGCCAGCACAGAUGAUGGACAAGCACUUAUGAUUCUAGCAAGUUUUUUGGACCAGGUGGGAUGUGAAGAAUCGUCUUGUCUUCCAUCCUCGCCGCCUGCAGUGGAGGAGACAGGCCGCAGCGACACUGGUAUUCCUGCUGUGGGGCACACAAACAUCACUAACCUCAUCAAUGAGUCCUACGAGAAAUUCGGAGACCUGUCAGUGAGACAGAUUGAGAGGCUUCGCUGUCGACACAGAAUCCAAGUGCUGCAGGCUCAUGAAGACACCACCAAAGAAAAUGCUUUGAGACUGGUGGCUCAAGAUGUUUCCAUCUCUCCAGAGAACUUGGCUGAGGCCUACGACCUCUUCAAGACGGAGCACUUCAUCAGUCUGUACUGGGGUGACAGUAGCGCUGCAGCAGCGGCGGAGGCGGCAGCUUGGCGUUAUGGUGACUCUGGUCACUCCUACAUGGAGAGGCAAUACCGACUGGACCGGCCCCAGUUCAAGAGCCUGUACGGGCUGCUGGUGCCGUGGCCCAGCGGCUUGAACCAGCACACCGACACGCUGGCCAACCGCACUUUCACCCUGCUGGACCAGGACCGCGACAACCUUGUUACCUUUAGAGAGUUUGCAGGCUGGCUGGACACUUUGUACUCUGAAGAGCUGAAUGAGAAAAUAAGGUUGCUGUACCGCCUGCACAUCCCACCAGCUCUGACAGAAAGUGAGGAUGACCCCUCUCUGAUGAAGAGCCCCCUGCUGUCAACGAACAGACCCCUCUAUGUUAAUCUGCCCUCUGAUGUUGAAGGUGAAGUGAAAGAUUACCAGGAGCAACUGAAGCAGAUGCUGCAGGAUCUGGCUAAAGAGAAGGAGAAAGAUGUGGAAAAGCCUCUGCCUCUCAUGAACCAGCGCGAGUUCAUCCAGUUCUGUAAAACGCUCUACAGCAUGUUCCAUGGCGACCCAGAGGAGAACGACCUCUUCCAGGCUAUUGCAACUGUAACAAGUCUUGUGCUGCAGAUUGGCGAGGCUGGCCACCGUAGACACAGCUUGGGGUCAGAGGUCACCAGCCAAGAGGAGGCGAAAGGAGCGGGACAGGUGACUGCCGAAGAUGCUGGGGUGGAUGCCAGCAGAGGUGACGGGAGUUUGGCGGCAGAUGAAGAGUGGACAGUCAGCCACGCUCAGAUCUUGGCCUCGCUACUGACCGAACAGGCGCUGGUGAACUUCUUCGAGAAGCCAGUGGACCUGUCUGCAAAAAUCGCCGCGGCCAAGGAGAAGCAGUAUCACCAGCGGGCAGGUUUGCUCACACUGCAGCAGGGGACCAGCUGACUCAAAUGUGAACAGUGGACUCUCAGGAGCCACGACGCAGGCCAGAUGUUUUAUGAAGAAAACCACAAAUCAGUAUCAUUUGACACAAUGUGACAGAAAGCAGUGGCUUCUAAUUCAGAAGCCAGCGAGGAAGCUGAAGAGCCUUAAAGUUAUCUGAAAUUUGCUUAAUCUGUAGUAUGUAGGCAUUGCAACCACACUGGCAACACAGGAGCCUGUGACUCCCUGACCUGCUUUAACCUGUAACUGAAAACAGAAAUGUUUUUUUCCCCAAAAAACAUUUUGAAACAAAGACAGUUUUCAAGCUUCAAAUCUCUGCCACAGGCAACAUUAUGGUCGACUCACUGAUCUCACAUUAGUAACGUGAAAAGAUAUGGUCAUUUUGUGCUAGGGGCCUGGAGAUUUUAUUGCCUUCUGUCCAACUGUUUUGUGAACACACAAUCUGUCACUACCUUCUAAUAAGGCACUCUUUAUAAAGUAUUUAUAAGGUUAAUAAAGCACGAAACAUCUCUGGAGAGUCAUUCAUAGCAAGUCAAUAAUAGUGUAAUUAAUAAAAGUUAAAUGUGCCUCACUUUAUAUUAAGAUAGCAAAGUUAGCAAUUAAAAAUGUAAUUAAGUCAAUAAUAAAGGUUUAAAGUCUUUAAUUGUAAAUGUAAAUAAGUUGUUAAUAAAUGAGUGAGUGAUCCAUAAGGUCAGAGAUCUAGGUCAUGAACUAAGGAGCUAAAAAGACAAACAAGAGUCCAGCCGGAGGAGGAUGAAUACCGGAUGACCUGGCAACCCAAAGUUAUAACUUAACUGUAUAAAACCAUUUUAUAAAGGGUGCCUGAUUAGAAAGUUGUACCAAUAAUCCUUACAAAGAAAUGGUGCAGCAUUAAGGACAAAUCUAGCAUGCAUUCACUGUUCCUUUUUUUUUUGAUUUCAUAACUUCUGUUUCUUUAAUAUUGAUGUUUUCACAUGCACGCACUUCGAAGAUAUUUUUUAAACUUUUUCAAAUUUACAGUGAUCUAAAACCGAAAGAAAGACAACACUGCUGGAAUUGUCCUUUUAAUAAAAUAUAUAUUGCCUAAA